UAUUGUAUUGUAUUUAUAAAAUAAUUUUAUACAAGUAUUUAUUGCAAGUAUCGUGAUUUUGUACGUAGUAUUUUAAACGUUUGAAAUAUAAAUUUAUAUUUUGUUACGACGCGUCUGAGUGGAUUUUAUUUGGUCCUAUUGGAAACAUCAUUAUUGAUCAAACAUAACAGGUACGGAUGAGACGAAAGCCACAUCAUGCAUCACUCGAGUACUGUGUAAUAAAAGGAUUAGUCAUAGUCAUUUGUAAUAAAGUGUUUCUGAGAAAUCUGUAUCUGUGCGUAAGAAAAUUGUAUAAAAAUGAUGAGAAAAGGGAAAAGUAAAUCCAGCAAGCUGGCUCGAAUGAAUGAAGAAGAACGUGCACGUUACAUGCAGUGUCGUGCUGAAGUUGAACUAGAAGCUAGGAGACGUAAACAGCAAUUGAUCGCUAUUUUCACUAAAAAUAAAUUGAAACGCGAGGAAGCAUAUUCGAGAUUGAAUAUCGCCAAAAUUAACGAGAAAUGGAGAUUCGUCUUGAGACAGAUAAAGUUUAGAGAGAUCUAUGAUAACGUGAACCAUCUCUGCGAGUCCUUCGGUAGGAUGGUCAAAUUAAAAGAUGGAAUAAUUAGCAGAUUGCACGACGAACUAAAAAUAGCAGACGAGGAGCACAGGAGGCUGCAAGAAAUUCAUAUUAUCUUAAUUAACGAUACAAUCGCGAGAUACAAACAGAAAUUAAAAGACUUGUACGACACGUACAAGCUGGAUAGCGUCAAGUCUGAUAGCUUGAUCGAAUUGCGUCUUUUGCAAAAUUCUAUGAAAAAGAUUAGCAAAGAUAUUCAAACGAGUAUAAGUAAAAGGGAGAGAAUUUUAAGCGGCGAGGAAUCUGCGAGGAAAACACAGAAUGCCAUCAACAUUCACAACGUCUUAUUUUUGGAGGGCAACGUGGCAUCGAAUCUCGUGCAUCGAUCGCUGGUAAACAUGGAAAACCUUUGGGAACAGUUAAACAAAGUAUUGACUGAAUACGAAAGAAUGACUAGGCAUAAAAUAAAACAAUACGAAUAUCUAAAAGGGCAAGAUAAUAUUCAUCAGCUGUAUGUGUCGCAGUAUCACAAAGUACAUUUGCAACUGCAAAAUGUUGUCGAAAGCUUGAAGCAUGAUACGCAAGCAUUGUCAUCGAAGAGGGAAAGUGAGAUAUCAAAGUUGCAAACGAAAGACAUAGAUUUAAAGAAGAAGAUAAGAAAUGUUAAGCAACAAUUUACUGCGGUACAAACGGUGGAUCUUUUGCAGUUAAAAAAAUUGACCGUAACCAGCAAUGAUGUUUUACUGAACUUGCGAAGGAGUAUGAAAACGGGCACUACGAUCCUCGAAUUAAUCGCGAUAUGUUCUGCUUUGGAACCAUUUCUUUUCAACCUCAAGAAAUAUUUUGUGCAAGAUACAGUACACGAAUCCUUGUACUCUACUAUACCUAGCUCGUGCAGUACGAUCGAUACAUUCUGGAAACAGUAUAAUCAUAUCACAGCGAACAACAUUUUAUUAAAAAGGACGCAUAAGAAACUGUGCUUAGAGAACAAAAGAUUAAGAUACAAGUUACGAGGGUAUCUCGUGAUGCUGUCUGGAGUACCAGCGACGUGUUCAGUCGUUACAGCUUUAAUUUAA